CCGCCAGGUCCCCGUCCCCAGACGUCAGAGAAAGGGUUGGGCCGCGCAGCGGGGCCUCUGAAGUUGCCGAGAGCCCCAGGCAAAUGCGGGCGGCCAGUGGCUACGCGGUCUCCUAGCGACAGGGCGGCGGCAGGGCACACACACUGCCCAAGCCGGGGCGGUGGCCGCGGAGCUAGGGCCACCAUGGCGGACAGCGGGCAGCGGCUCGGGCCGGGGACGUUGGCCCCGGUGCCUGAGGGCGUGAACUGCAGGUCCGGGCACAAAGAGAAUCUACCUUGCAGGAGUUUCACAAAGCAGCACAAGAAUGGGCUGAAGUUCCCCACCUCCCUGAACAGCCGGCAGUGGGUAUUUCUAAGAAAGGGGCCGGAGGACUUCAAGAAGGGCUGCCCCCCUUGCACCGGUCUGGCCACUCAGGUCUCUGAGGAGGGCUUUCUGCCCUGGAUUUAUCACAGAGCUCCCCAGCUGGACCCAAAGAAGAGGCAGAUCAAGCUGCCCAAGGAAGCAGACCUGCUUUCCAAGCUCUCGCCAGCCCAGCCGGCUCGGACGGCAUUCCUGGAGGAUGUGGAGGCCCGCCUGACCCCACAUCCCUUGGCGCUCCACCCAAAUCUGGAAGAAGCUAUGCCCACAGAGGUGAUCUGUCCUGAGCUCUUACUAAGGGUGCUGGAAGUGCUUGAUCCUGACCAGAAGCUGGAGGACACAUGGGCUUAUUGUCAGGAUGCCAGGAAGGGAAUAAAGGAACCCACAAAGCUUUUAAAACAAUGUUCUACCCAAGUCUACCUGGGACCUUCCAAGAAGACUUCUGUGUCAAAUUCAGGGCAAUGGCUUUAUGAAGAAAAUCCACAUAAAAUGGAUUUGCCCCAUGAAAAUAGUCUUCGUCUUCAUGAAAAUGUACGCAAAGCAGUUAGUGACUUCUGCAGCUGGGUUACUGCUUUUGGAAGUUCGGCCGUUAAUGAAGAGUUCAUCUUGAAGCAGUUUGACGUUGACUAUCAGACCAAACCAAGCCAUGAUGAGCUCCACAUGGUGAGGCUAAAUCAGGUUCCUCUGGAGCUAAAGCAUAGUGUGGGGCUCAGUAAACUGCAGGAGCCAGAGUCCUUCCAGAAACCAGGAUACGAGAGGAAACUCCAGAAACCACAGGAGGAGUCACUCGCAGACCUUCAUGGAACAGUUGCCUUUAAGGAUUUCAUUCUAAGCAGGGGCUACCAGAUGCCACGUUUCCUUGAGAAUAUGUAUAUUGGGAAGGACUGUAAGCAUGCAUGUGAUAAGUCUCCUAUAAAAUGAACUCAGGCGUAGAAGAAUCAUAGGAGAAUGAUUAAGCAGAUUUUAUUACUACAUAUUUGGCUAUUUCUCUGUCUCCUCUUGAAGAUUAAACAAAAUUUAUCAAGAGUGUCCCACUGUGGAUGUUCAACUUUGACUUGGCAACAUCUAUUAAUGGAAUAACUGAUGCUUAUAAAUGUUUCUCAGUGGAUUUCUGCUUCAGUUAAUCAACAUUUUGUAUGCUUUAUCAUCCGUGAGAUCAAUAGUCACAUGUAAUCUCACAUUUUUGUAGCGCUGUCAAUAUUAUAUAGUCAUAUCAACUAUUUGUAAAAAUAAAUAAAACCAUAAA